AUGCUGCCAGAAGGACUCUCUAGUAGCUACAAGAGAUAUAAAGACGACACCAAUGUAUUCUCUACAUGGCUUGCUCAAACAGCGAUCAAAUGUGGAUACAAACCAGACACUUCUACUAGAAGAGUCUUCUCAAAUGCAUCCAUUACCUCCGAAUCAAGUUCACAUUCCGCCUCAUCUUCCUCAUCAAUUUUUUCGGCUACCUCCACCACCUCUACUUCAAGUUCGGUUUCAAACGUUUCAAAUUUCUCCAGUCCUUCUAAACCUGCCAAUCCUUCUGCGACUUCAACUCGUUUAAAGGGUAAAGCUAGGAAGAAUGCUAAGAAAGCACAAGUGUCUGCCGCUAAGCCCUCCCCACAGGUGUUUGAGACAACGGUCGUCAUUAUAAGUACUAGAGAUUUGGUCGAACAGGCAAAGGUCAUUGCUGAGCAGAGGAAGACUGCUGUCAUAUUCCCCUCCGUUAUUCAUCGCGUGGCCGAACGUGCAAUCCGUGCUCGUAAACGAUUCUUGAAAUGGUUUCAACAAGCUCGAGCUGAGGACGAGGAGGUCAACGCAUCACAUGAGCAUUUUAUCGGAGUACUUGAGACCAUACUGGACAUUCUUACACCUUGUUACGAAAUCAACAAGAGAAAGAAUGGACAAGGUGUUAGCACGGAACCUAAAGCAAAUGAGAAUUUGGAUAUUCCAACUAACAUGUUUGAAAUAUUGGACGUGGAGGACAUUGCCGAUGAGGAUCUUGCUACUGCUGAUCUUAAAUCUGGUACCGCUAAGGUCAACACCAAUUCCACGCCCUUGGAAACAUACGAGCUGGAUACAGACCCGGACAUCGAUGUACCUUUCAUCGCCUUCUGCUUUUUUGAGGAUUUGCACAGGAUUCAAGAGUUUGUCGGAGAUACAUGGAAAAGUCACGCGAAUGGCAAUUUGGAUAUAAGUAGUGCAUAUCUUUUGACCAACUACGCUGUCAAUAUCGUUUCACUCGAAGAAAGCCGCAUUAUGAUGUCCCUACCAGCUCGAUAUGUUAAGCCAGAGUCAACGAUGCUAAAUAUUGUAGACAAUAUAUACUUUCCAACCAUGGAAGGUUGUCAUACCCCGGGAGAAGAAAAAGAUACAACUGACCUUGAUGACUUUUUGUAUUAUCCAGCCUACCAAAUCAUCAACAAGACUCUCCAAGCACUACAAGAUUGUGAACCAGACAGCUUUCCACCCGUCGUACCACCUUUUUCAUUAUCUUUGUUUUCUGAUGGGGUCGAGCGGCAAUCUACAAUAGAUAUUCGGCAAGAGGAUGAUGUUAGGCUUACCCAAUUUCUGUUGGAACUGGCUAUUCAAGAGAAAUUCCAAGUUCAUGGGGGUUUCAUGGCUCCUCCAAAUGAACCUGAGGAUAUUAUCACACGUUACCUCCGACUCAUCAUCAAGAAACGAGCUCCCGGAAAUUCCAAAGCCAUUCCAACCUGGAUUAUCUUUGGAGCUGCAUUGCUCCUCGAUAUUUGGCGAAUUCUUGGGGAUAAUGUUGGAGAUUCCUAUACGAAGCUUUUGGAGAAAAGCGCCAUGGCGAAAGCAAUGAUACGUUAUACUUCUCCGGGAACAAUGGAGUAUGAUACUACUAGAGAAGACUUUAUCGAAAUAUGGCAGGAUAUUCAUAACUCCAUUGAGCACAAUCCUAUCCCUUGUAUGAAAUAUAGUUGGCUCUCGACCAUCCGCGACAAGGAACCUGAUGAGACGGCCGAGGCUCUAGCAUGGAACAUCUACUCUUUGCAGCAGAAGGAAGUCAAGGAGAGAGUAGCGCGUAUGGAUGAGGACUUGCAUGCAUUUCCAAAGCUUCCCAAGGGUCAUCAAUCAUGUGCGGCCGAAAUGAAAAUCAAAGAUACAAUCAUAUCCAAAAAUCUAUCUACGAAAUGGAUUCGGCAUGAAACAGAUCCGGCAUUCUUCCUCCGCCAAAAUCCUCUCGGUACUGGAUUACGAACCUUGAGACUUAAGCUUUCUUUAGAACGAGCUGGACUUGAGUUUGUUCUAUCGAACGGGACAAGCUUUUCUAUUGCUCAUAUCUAUAACGCUGGGCAGCAGAUGAAUUAUAUCAAAGGAAAUUGGUCUAGCCUGGACAAAUUUAUUGAUGCGAACUUACAUGAUAUCUUCACGGGUGGUCGACCCACGACAACUCAUGAAUUUUACACGCGAGCACUAUUAGGCAUGGGUUACUCAUCGACAAAUCUCGUACAACAUCGCCGACAAGGUCAAAUCCAAUGGCGUGACGUCUACGAUAAAUGGAAGCAACCAGAUGUCUCCAAGCUACUAGAACAAGCACAUUCAUCCCGGGGCGACAUGAACCUCUGCGGUGACACCAUCGCGCGAUGCAUGUUCAAACUUCGAGAAUAUGCCCUGGCGAAUCGAAAACUUCCCGAAUUACUCGUCAAGAAACUUUCAUAUCAUCACCGUACACCUAUCCAGAUUCUGGGCGAGCUGAGAGAUUUUCUACCGGGUAUUAUGGAGAAGAUGGAUAUUGAUUAUAUCACCGUAACGCGCAAAUGCGAUAUUUUGAUGGCGCAACUUCAUGUUACUUUGGCCAAGCUAGGAUUUGUGGUCCCGAUCAUGCCACAUCGAGGAAGUGAGAAUUUUCAAUUGAUGAUCAAUAUCAUGGGGCACAAUAUUCAACAUCUUCGACCUGACAUACUCAAGAUAGCGGCGCACGAGAUCGCUCGGUAUAUGGAUCGAGGAGAUGCAGACUGGGUUGAAGAUGUGGGAUCUUUGUCUGUUCCGUCGAGUGUGGCUAUGGUAUCAUCUGUCAAAAUGUGGCAAGCGGGUAAGAAUUUCACGGCGUCUCAGGUUCCUUAUGCGGUCGUACGCGCAAUGGUAGGUACGUCUGUUUUGAAGAAUUCAAUGAGACCGCUGUGGAAGGGGUUUCCGAAAUCUUUGGAUAAGGAAAUGAGUGCCGGUGGUCUUGUCUUGGGUGGAAAUUGCAUCAUGUUAUAA